AUGGCAUUUUCUUCGCGCACGCUACCUAGCCAUAUACGCCAAGCCUCUACCUCGAGCAAUCCCAGUGCUCAGUCUGCAGGGCAGUCAAGCGCACUUCUCGCCCGAGUCAAUGAGAAGAAGGCGGAGCUUGAGAAUUUAAAGGAGCUGCGGGAACUUAGUGCAGCUGUAGCAAAUCAGAUGGAAGCUCUCGAACAAAAACUUGCUACUCUAUCGGAUGGGACAGAAGCGAUUGCGAUGGUGUUAGGAAACUGGCAUAAUGUUCUACGAGCUAUCAACAUGGCAUCAGCCAAAAUACCCAGUCCACGAAACGCAGAGGAAACUACAUCUAAAGCCCAGGACGAUACUUUACCUCUACCACAGACUCUAGUGCGAAUACCGACGGAACAUGCACCGGCAUUACAAGCCCAGACAGAAGCGAUUAUGGAGGGCGAACAUAACUCAUCCUCGAUCUCAUAA